UGAGGCUGGUGAUGUAUUCCCCAUGUUCUGUGAAUCCUCUUGGUGGAUCUAUGUGGUGGAACAAGGGAAUGAGGAAACACCCUUGGGAUUCAGAGGCGUGUCAUGUGUGUAGAGAGGACCGUGCACGCAUAUCCAUCUGGCGGAUCAGACAUGACACGCGAUGCAUCGCUAUCGUGGGCUGCAUAACGCCAUGUUGCGGCAGGCGGGGCUUCGGCGGCAAGCGUAUGGUUUCUUUCAUUCAUUCUUUCUUUCUUUCUGUGCAGAGGGCCCGGGUGGGUAUACUGUAAUCCCCAAUGUACUUGCAUUUCAACUACCACAUGCACAUGCAUCCAUGCAUCUCUGAUCCAUCUCUAGCUGGGUGUGCAUGCCACGCCCACGCAUGCAUAUGCAGUCUGCAGGCUGAGCAUUGUUUGUAUUCUUCCUUCUCGGGAGUGAUGGCGACAUCGGUAAUGUUUGCAAGCAGCAGCUAGUGGUAGUGGAUCGAUCCAUCGAGCUGGCCUGCCAUCCACGUAGCAGGAAGCUUUUGCAUUUGCACGCCACUACUGCUAGCAGCUAGUAGCUUCAUUCUUCGCUUCCGCGCCGGCCGGCGAUGGCAAUGGCAUCUCCUACUACUACAGUCAUAUUAAUGGCCGUCGCGGCGGCGGCGGCGCUGCUGGGCGGCGCCGAGGCGCUGAGCCUGGACCUGUACGACGAGACGUGCCCGGAGGCGGAGGCGGCGGUGACGGCGGCCGUGCGGCAGGCCAUGGCCAAGGACCGCACCGUCGCGGCGGGGCUCCUGCGGAUGCAUUUCCACGACUGCUUCGUCAGGGGGUGCGACGCGUCCGUUCUCCUCGACUCCACGGCCAACGUCACGGCCGAGAAGGACGGCCCGCCCAACGCCUCUCUCCACGCCUUCUAUGUCAUCGACAACGCCAAGGCCGCCGUGGAGGCCCUCUGCCCCGGCGUCGUCUCCUGCGCCGACAUCCUAGCGCUCGCCGCCAGAGACGCCGUCGCCUUGUCCGGUGGGCCGUCCUGGGUGGUUCCCGUCGGCCGCCGGGACGGCCGUGUCUCCCUGGCCAGCGAGACGUCGUCGGCGCUGCCGGGGCCCAGGGCCAGCUUCGACCAGCUCAAGCAGGCCUUCCACGCCCGGGGCCUCUCCACCAAGGACCUCGUCGUGCUGUCGGGCGGCCACACGCUGGGCUUCGCGCACUGCUCCUCCUUCCAGGACCGCAUCCGCAGCCCCAACGGCGGCGGCGGCGCUGACCCUGCCCUCAGCCCCUCCUUCGCCGCCUCCCUCCGCCGCGCCUGCCCCGCCAACAACACCGCCCGCGCCGCCGGCUCCGGCCUCGACGCCACCGAGGCCGCCUUCGACAACACCUACUACCGGAUGCUGCAGACCGGGCGGGGCCUGCUGGGCUCCGACGACGCCCUGCUCACGCACCCCAAGACCAGGGCCUUCGUCGCGCUCUACGCCGCGUCGCAGGAGGCCUUCUUCAGGGCCUUCGCCAAGUCCAUGCUGCGGAUGGGAGGACUCAACGGAGGGGACGAGGUGCGAGCAAACUGCAGGCGCGUCAACCACCACCUCUCCAACUAGUAGAGUAGUUGCUGAUGUUGCUGUUGUAGAGACACAGAGCUACCUCAGCUCCCCUCUUCUUCUAUGAGCUGGGCCGGAUUUUUGAAGAGAUGGGAUAGGGCCAAGCCUCAAUCACUUUAAUUCUACUCCCUUAAGGCAGUUUCAAUUUCAGUUUUAAUUUCACUUUAA